UGAGUACAAUUAGGUAAGUACAACUAGGUGAACACGGUGCGCUUGUCGAGUCUAAGUGUUUCUCUCCAGCCCCGCCAAACCAUUGUAAACAUGGCUACUCUGCAGCCCAAGGAACAGCUCUCUCUAGAUGGAGCGAGUGAGCAGGGUUUCCUGGCCUACUAUGGUGGUUUACCUGAGAAACCAAAUACUACGGUGAGAGUGUUUGACCGCGGAGACUACUAUACUGUGCACGGCCAAGAUGCCCUGCUGGCUGCACGAGAUCUCUUUCGGACUAAUUCUGUGGUAAAGCACUUAGGAUCAGGCAACAAAAAGUUGGAAUCUGUGGUGCUUAGCCGCCUGAACUUUGAGUCUCUGGUGCGGGACCUUUUGUUGGUGAAGCACUACAGAGUGGAAGUAUAUAAACAGAAGAGUUCAAGAAAUGACUGGGAUGUUGAGUACAAGGCUUCUCCGGGCAACUUGAGUCAGUUUGAAGAGGUGCUGUUUGGGGCUAAUAACGAGCUUACAGUAACAACGGGUGUUAUGGCUGUCAAGCUAGCUGUGGAAAAUGGCCAGAGAGUGGUUGGAGUUGGUUAUGUGGAUGUAACUGGCAGGUUGAUGACUGUGUCUGAGUUUAAUGAUAAUGACACAUUCAGUAACUUGGAAGCACUGGUGGUACAGCUGGGACCUCGGGAAUGUCUCAUUCCUAUGGGUGAUAUGGGCCCGGAUGGCGCCAAGCUCAAGCAGGUAUUGUCUCGAAAUCCAUUGCUUGUGACCGAAAGGAAGAGAGCCGAAUUUAACAAUAAAGAUGCUGCACAGGACCUUAGCCGUUUACUACAUAAGAAAGGUGGUGAUGUGUUGGCUACCUCAGCCCGUCCUGAGAUGGAUCGAACAAGUGCCAUUGCUGCACUGUCUGCUGUCAUUAAGUACCUAGAGCUCCUAGGGGAUGAAUCAAACUUUGGACAGUUUACAAUGUCUCUGUAUGACCUGAGCCAGUACAUGCGGCUUGACAGUGCAGCAGUUCGGGCUCUGCAUGUGGAGCCCCUUGGUAGUGGUGAAGUAUCUGGCACUACUGCUAAGACACACACCAUUCUUGGUCUCCUGGAUAAGUGUCGCACGCCUCUUGGCCAUCGCUUGCUCCAACAGUGGCUCAGACAACCAUUGGUGGACAUUAAUAAGAUAGAGGAACGGCUUGAUUUGGUUGAGGCUGUAGUAUCGUCAGUGGAGCUGCGUCACAGUCUUGGGGAGGAGCACUUGCGUCGUAUUCCUGACCUGAACCGCCUGGCGAGAAAACUGGCCCGAAAAGCAGGCACACUUCAGGAUUGUUAUAAAUUUUACCAGUGUGCUGAACGACUGCCAAAUUUAUGUGAAGCUAUAGCUAAGUACGAUGGGCCUCAUGUAGCAUCUCUAGCAGCAGUCUUCACUACUCCACUUCAGGAGCUGCUGUCAGAUCUGGCAAAGUUUCAGGAAAUGAUAGAAACCACUGUAGACAUGGAACAGGCUAAUCAUGGAGAGUAUGUCAUCAAGCCAGAUUUUGAUGAAACACUAGCAGAUCUGCGAGAAACGAUGAAUGGCUUGGAAGCAGACAUUCAGAGUCAGCUGAAAAAGGCUGCCAAUGAUCUUGGCCUUGAUGCUGGCAAGAGUAUAAAGUUGGAAUCUAAUGCACAGCUGGGUUAUUUCUUCAGAGUUACUCUCAAGGAAGAAAAAGUGUUGCGUAACAACAGAAACUACAGGAUGAUUGACACCAAUAAGGCUGGAGUGCGGUUCAGAAAUAGCGCACUUCAGAAUCUCAACGACCAGCACAUGGCUUCACGAGAGGAGUAUAAUGAACAGCAGAAAACUGUUGUGGAUGAAAUCAUGAAUAUUGCAGCUGGUUAUGUUGAGGUGAUACAGUCCCUAGGUCAUGUAUUGGGUACUUUAGAUUGUAUUUAUGCAUUGGCCUCUGCUGCUGUUUCUGCCCCCAUUCCUUAUGUGCGGCCCAAGCUCCUGGCAAGGGGAUCAGGUGUACUAAAGCUGCAGGGCACUCGUCAUCCAUGUUUGGAGUUACAAGAUGAUGUCUCGUUUAUACCAAAUGACUGCCAUUUUGAUAAAAAUAAUGGCAUGUUCCACAUAAUCACUGGCCCCAACAUGGGAGGCAAGAGUACUUUUCUGAGAUCAGUUGGUGCAGCUGUGUUGAUGGCUCAAGUUGGUUCCUUUGUGGCCUGCCAAGAGGCAGAGAUGUCUGUUGUUGAUAGCAUUCUUGCUCGUGUGGGUGCUGGAGACUGCCAGCUGAAAGGAGUUUCAACAUUCAUGGCAGAAAUGCUGGAAACGGCUUCCAUUCUUCGGUCGGCAAGCAAUGAGUCGCUUAUCAUUAUUGAUGAACUGGGCCGUGGAACUUCAACUUAUGAUGGUUUUGGAUUAGCUUGGGCAAUAUCAGAGUAUAUAGCAAAAGAGAUUGGAUCAUUCUGCUUGUUUGCAACACAUUUUCAUGAGCUGACAGCACUUGCUGAUGAGGUGGACACAGUGAAGAACUUCCAUGUCACAGCUACCACUGCUCAUGGUGCUUUAACUCUUCUGUAUCAGGUGCGUCCAGGGCCCUGUGACCGCAGCUUUGGUAUCCACGUUGCAGAAUUAGCCAAUUUUCCUCCUAGUGUAAUUGAGUAUGCCAAGAGGAAGGCUGGGGAAUUGGAAGAUGAUUUUGGUGGUGGUGAUGAUUCAGAAGAAGCAGUUAAGAAAAGGAAGCUGGAGAAACAGGAGGGCGAGAAAAUAAUUGAAGAAUUUCUUAACAAGGCAGCUAUUCUUGACAUCGAUAACCAAACUGAAGAUGAUCUACUGAAGGAGAUCAAGAAACUGCAACAAGAAGCUCAAGCUUGUAAUAAUGCAUAUGUUUCACACCUCUUAUCCAGGCAGACUUGAUUGUACGACAGUGAAGACUUGCCAUUAUAGAACCUUAUCGGUUGUUAUUUUAUUAGUGCUGAGAAGAGGCUUACAACUGACAUAGUUAUGUGCAAAUAGUAUAUAAAUGUUAUUAUUUGGAACUUGGUUAGCUAUAUUUGUCUUAAAAGUUAUACAAAAGAGUAGGCAUGAAAUCAAUAUUAACCCGUAAACGGUCCAAACGUAUAUAUACGUUUUUUCAACAUUUGAAAGUAUGUAAAAAAAUAGAUCUUUUUGUUUUUUUACAUUUGAAAAUAUGUAAAAAAAAAAAAACGUAGAUCUACUUUUGUAGCACUACACGUGUGAACGUAGAUCUGCUUGGACUGUUUACGGGUUAAAUUUUUGAAUUGUUAAAAGUUAAAUUAUUGCUUGCA